CUAAGAGUUAAAGUGACGUGUAAAACAACUGCUUAACUUUGCUUCCAGCCACACAACCCAGACCAUCACUAUGAACAGCUGGCUACUUAUGGUUCUGCUCCUGGGAGCAGCCACAACUGAAGCUGCAAAAAAUAAUGAGACGAUUCCAGGUGGAGGUGUGAGCUGCGAAUCACCCUUCCAGGAGGUGGGAGGACGUUGUCUAUAUGUUGAUGUGUAUAACACAGGAUCCUGGGACGUGAUGCGUAGCAACUGUAGGAGUGUUGGUGGCGACCUGGCCGUGCUGAAUGACGCAGAAGUGUACUCCGCCCUCAUUCGUUAUAUACAUGGCAGUGGUUUUCCAGAUCUGACUUACUGGAUCGGCGCCACAGAUGAAGGUCAUGAGGGACUGUGGCUGUGGAUUGACCAAGAACCAGUACAGUUGGGAACACCGUACUGGGCAAACUAUGGUUGUGAUAAUAACCAAAUGCCAACUGGUGAAGAUAAUCAAAACUGUGCUGUUCUUGACUCAAGCUACCAUCUGUAUUUCAAUGACCUGAAUUGUAAUAGCAAUCAUUACUCAGUCUGCGAGCAAUAAUUUUUAUCCCCAGGAAUUGUUCAUUGCUUUGUUUUAUCCUUGAAAGGUACAAUGAUUUGUGAGGGUACAUUAAAAAAUAACAUUGUCUGGGUUUUAUAAGAUAUAAAAAUAAUGCUCUCUAAUGAACAAUGAACAAUAGUUUGAAUUCUUUCUUUUUUAUUUCUUGUUCUCCUUUAUACACAAAUAACCCGCACAUAAAAGAGAGAAGCUUACGACGACGUUUCGGUCCGUCACGGUAUUGUGCCUUUGUUAUUUUCCUUUAUAACUUGAUAACGCUACUUGCAACCGACUUAAAAUCAUUUCUGAUGUUGUACUGUAAUUAAAUAAAGAUUCUUGUAACUAUUAACAUGGGUGUAUGUGUUCACUGGUCAAUAAAAAAUAGACAAUUUG